AUGGCCCUGCUCACCCUCCUCCUCCUCAUCAGCGGCCUCAUCAUACUCCCCGCAUACACCAUCUACCGGCCCCCGAACCUGUUGAUCCGGUACUUCCAGCACCGCUGGCCCGACACCACGUUCCACGUGCCGUUACCUGCCUCGCUACCGCCGACGAUCGCGCUGACGAUCGACGAUGCGCCGUCGACGUUUACACCGCAGAUCCUCGAGAUUCUGAAAGCGCAUGAUGCGCGCGCGACGUUCUUCGUGAUCGGGGCGCAGAUACCCGCUCCGGGGAUUGGGCCGCGCGGGGGGAAUGGGGAGGCGAUGUUACGCGAGCUGGUCGGCGCGGGCAUGGAGCUGGGGAAUCAUGCCAUGUCGGAUCGGCCGUCCCGGGAAUUAAGUGAUGCGGUGCUUGAGGCGGAGGUCAGGGGGGUGCAGGGGUGGUUGGAACGGGUGGAGGAUCAGUAUAAAUAUAAAUGGUUCCGGCCGGGGUCCGGGUUCUUCUCGGAUCGGAUGCGUGUGCUCAUCCAGAGGCUGGGGUUGAGGAUUGCGCUGGGCAGUGUGUAUCCGCAUGAUGCGCAGAUCAAUUGGCCCCGGGUCAAUGCGUGGCAUAUUCUCAGUAUGGUGCGGUCGGGCAGUGUGAUUGUCUGUCAUGAUCGGAGGGGGUGGACGGUGCCGAUGCUGAAGCAGGUGUUGCCGGAGUUGAAGAGGAGGGGGUUCCGUGUGGUGACGCUGAGUGAGUUGGUAGAGUUGGGGGAGCAGAGUCAACUGCCGAAGCAGAUUAGUGCCUAG